AUGUCAACAUACUCCCAAACCAGCUCGAACAACCCACAUGCAGAUCCAGAACUAUACUAUGUCAAGCAAAAUAGGAUAGGCAAGGGUAGUUUUGGUGAAGUGUACAAGGGAUACGACAAGCGAACUUCUUUACCUGUCGCUAUCAAGAUAAUCGAUUUGGAGUCAGCGGAAGAUGAGAUUGAUGAUAUUCAGCAAGAAAUUCAGAUCUUGGGUCAAUUAGAUAGCGAAUUUGUAACGAGAUACCAUGGAUCGUAUUUGAAAGGGUCACAUUUAUGGAUUAUAAUGGAAUAUUGUUCUGGUGGAUCAUGUUCUGAUCUGAUGAAAGCUGGUAUCUUCCGUGAAGAAUAUAUUGCAAUCCUAGCCAGAGAGUUAUUAAGAGGAUUAGAAUAUUUACAUGGUGAAGGGAAAUUACAUAGAGAUAUCAAAGCUGCUAACAUAUUAUUGACUGCUGGAGGGGAUGUCAAGCUUGCUGAUUUUGGUGUAUCUGGUCAAUUGACCGCUACGAUGACUAAGAAAAACACCUUUGUCGGAACACCUUAUUGGAUGUCACCUGAAGUGAUCAAACAAUCGGGAUACGAUCAUAAAGCCGAUAUCUGGAGUUUGGGAAUUACAUGUAUUGAAAUGGCGAUGGGUGAACCUCCUUAUGCGGAUCUGCAUCCUAUGAAAGUACUAUUCCUUAUUCCUAAAAACCCACCUCCUCAAUUGGACGAAACUAAAUUCUCAAGAACUUUCCGUGAUUUCCUUUCCCUAUGUCUGCAACGUGACCCACGGAUGCGUCCCACUGCUAAAGAUCUAUUGAAACAUAAAUUCAUCAGAACAGCUAGAAAGGCAUCAUACCUUACCGAGUUGAUUGAGAGGUACGAGAAAUGGAAAGCUGAAGGUGGGGCUAAGGGUGGGGAGGAGAAUAGAGGUGAUGGCAUGUCAUCAGAACAUGGCUAUGGUCCUGCUCAGGAUGCCUUAUGGGAUUUCGGUACCGUACGAAACGCCUUACCUCCCCAACCUACUCAACCCAGUACGGUCUCUCGAGCGACUGGUCGACCUCUUCCACCUUCUUCAGGCGGCACACCAACUUCAGCUGCGACACCUACCAAGAACGACUUACCGCCGUCCAUCAACGGUAGAGCUCUACCCACCCUUCCUCCCUCAGCAUCCCGGGCUACAAUCAUAGGUUCAGACCCCGAACCUGCUUAUCAGACUAUCAGGAAUGCCUUACCUCAAGGUCCACCUCCGCAUCAACAUUCGCAACAGGUGCAGCAGGUACAUGAGGAUGAGGGCGAUGAGGAUGUCAUGCUGGAGGGGGUCAUUGUACCGGCAAUCAACAGUCUUGCGACCCGUGUGCCCAAUGAUCACGCUCGCGAAGCUCUCGCUCGACUACGUCAAGCAUUCAUCGAAGCUGAACGAUCCAUACCCGGUGUCACGUCUGCAUUCGUCUUGGAGGUCGUGGAGAGCGUUGAGCAGGUAGAAGAUCAUUAA